AUGGAGGCAGGGAAUGAAAAUAUUCAAGUAACGGAGGAAGAAGCAAAUCUGAAGAUCAUAAACAAAAAAGUGAAUGCUCUAAACAAAAGAAAUGAACGGGAAUUAAAAUCAGUUCAAGGUGAAAAUGUGGUGGAGAUUCAAGACAUCAUGAUAAUGGAAAAUCCUGAAAUCUUUUCAGGAAAAAAUUCGGUUUCAAUGGACGGUAUUACAUUACCAGAUCACAAAAUAACUAUGGAGGGUUGCCUGCGAACUCUAGUAAUUCAGGAAGAAUUACCAGCGAACUCAGGUAUUCCCAUUUCUUACGAUAAUAGCAUGAAGAAGGUUGAAGCUCUCACUGAACAGAGAGAUCUUGAUGGAAAUGUCAAUGUUGAGUCUCCCAGUAAAAAUCUGCUGCUGUCUGGUAACAAGUUUAACUUAUUAAACUCUAUAGGGGAUAAGAACAUUGAUGUGGAAGUUAUAGCUGAAUCUAUAGAAGAGGAAUUGGAAGAAGAAGUUUUGGUAAACACGGGAGACUGUAAAAUCUUGAAAAAGGAAACACGGGACAAGUAUGAAGCGGUAAAGGGAUCUGAUAACUUGGUUGAAAAUUUGAGCUCUCAAAAGGCUGAGAAAAACUCUUCUCAGAAAGCCAAACUUUCUAAGGAACUCAGGGGAGCCAACAAGAGAGAGGCCUCCCUAUACUUGAAGGAGUACAUCAAAAAAUGGGAUGUGUUUUUUGUGGGUAUCAUUGAAACGAAAAUUGAUUAUCUUUCCAAAGAUGAUUUUGUGAAAAUCAUGGGAGAUGACUGGAAUUUUUUCCUGCAUCCAUCUAGAGGGAACUCUGGCGGAAUCAUGGUGAUUUGGAAUACAAAAGUGGCUUCAUUUUCUGUUACAAUUUCUUCUGAUCAGUGUGUGAUGGGGGAAUUAGAUAUCUUCAACAAAAGCAAAUGGAUGGUGGCUACUAUUUAUGGAAGUAGGGAAUUUCAAGGAAGAAGGGAACUUUGGAGGUCUAUGGAUGGCAUGGUUGAAAAAGAUACCCCUACUGUUAUUGAAGGUGACUUCAAUUGCAUACUUUCUCAAGAGGAAAAGAAAGGGGGUAAGAAAUUCUCUUUCUCCGAUGGACCGAUGGAAAUGAAGGCGUUUAUGAACAAUAAUGAUCUUCAUGAUGUUGGCACAAUUGGGGCUAAAUUUACUUGGUGUAAUAACAAGAAGGGAAGUGCGCGAAUCCUAGAGAAACUGGAUAUAUGUUUGCUGAAUUCUAAAGCUCUGGAGUUGAUCUUUAUACCUUCUGUAAGGCAUCUGGAAGGAAUUGCAUCUGUUCAUUGCCCCAUCGUGUUGAAGUUGUUUAAUCAACAUGUUCAAAAACCAAGAUUUCGAAAGUUUGAGGAUAUUUGGCUCUCUUAUGCAGCGUCUACUGCAGUGGUAAAAAAGUAUUGGGAUAAACCUGUAAAAGGAGACGAUAUGGAAGCUGUGAAUAAGAAGAUGGCUAGACAGGAGGAAGCCUCGGAAGACCUUUUCUCGGACAGCAAAGCUCUACUUCUUAUUUCCAAAGUCAGGGAAUUCAAUUGCACUCGUGCUAGAUUGAGUACAUUGUGGAAACAAAGGGCCAAAGCCAAGUGGAUGAAGGAAGGUGAUGUAAACUCUUCUUUCUUUCAUGCGUUUGCGAAUGGAAGGAGGAAUAACAAUUCUAUCAAGCAAAUGUUGAAUGAAGAAGGGGAAUUAACUGAAGAUCCAGCGAGCAUUAGAAGUAUCUUCUAUCAAUUUUUCUGUAAUAAAUGGGAGUACAGAAAUAGUGAUUUGAAUAAUUGGCCUCUCAACAAAAAUGUCCUGAAAACUGAAGAUUGCAAAAUGCUGGAAUCGGUUUUUACUUUGGAAGAAGUGGAGAAAGUCAUUAAAGAAUUUGGCAACAACAUUGCACCAGGUUUGGAUGGAAUUACUUAUUCCUUUCUCAAAGCUUAUUGGAAGAUCAUUGGGAUGGAUAUUUGGAAAGCAAUGCAACUCUAUUUUACAUCCGGGAAAAUGUCUACUAGAUGGAAAGAGACUCUAGUGAUACUUAUUCCCAAUGUAAGUAAUCUUCGGUCCCCUUCUAAUUUCAAGCCUAUUAGCCUUUGUAUGUCUAUAUACAAAAUUGAUGCCAAAGUACUUCUAAACAGAUUGAAGAAAGUGAUUCAUAACCUUGUUUCGGAGGAGCAAGUUGCUUUUAUUGAGGGAAGGGCAUUAUCUGAACAUAAUGGUUUGUCUGCAUUAGAUAAUGAGAAUUGUUGGGUUAAUUAUGAUGGUUUGAUUGCUACUCAAUCUAUCCAAAUUCUAGAAUCUAUUCAGAUUUCAAAAGAUGUGUUCAAUAUGGCACAAAAUCUAGAAGGAAAAGAGGAUGCUGCAUUUACUUCUUCUGACUCAAUUGUUGUUUCAGAUAAAACUUUCAUAGAUAUUGGAAGUUUUAUAGAAGAUAUUCCUAUUGUUGAACCAGAAGCUGUUACUCCAAUAGCUAAUGCCAAGAAAAAUGAUGGAAUUGAAGAAUCUCUCAACAAAUUUGGAGGAUUAUGUGGUCUGGUUUCUGCUAUUAUACAAAAAAUUGUUACUCCAUCAUCUGAGGAUGGAAGUCUAUUUGAGAUACCUGAUGAUGGAGAUUCUGCUCAAAAACUAUUUCAGAUUUCUUGCUAUGAGCCACAUCCUUGGCAUUUGGAAGUGGGAUAUAUUUAUUUCAGCAAGUGA